GGAUUCCCCAUCCCCUGUGACCCAGUAUGAGGCGGCUCACGCGCACUAUAAGACUCGUUUCAGCCGGGGUCUACGAAGACUGCUUUCCAGGUUCUUGCAAGCUUCACGUCCGUCCACAGCGGGAGGACUUGGGCGGAGUCCUUAACGGUUGCUCACUUCACCUCCCUCUUGAUUCUACGCGGUGAAGGACGCACUUUGUUAGUUACUCACCAUGAAGAUAAUCAUCUGCCUGGCGGGGCUCUUGACGCUUUGCUCCGGCCAAGUUGAGCACAAGGUGACCGCGGCCAACAACCAGUUUGGGUUCAAACUCCUCAAUGAAAUCCCAGUUUCACCUCAGACUAACCUCUUCUACUCGCCGUACAGCGUGUCCACAGCGAUGGCAAUGGCCUACAUCGGUGCCAGGGGAGAGACUCAGCGCGACCUUCACGAGACCCUGGGCUAUUCGUCCGUGGGCCUAACACCCGACCACGUGCCCAGCGCUCACGCACAGCACACGCAUCUGCUGCGCGCACCUUCAAACUCCACCCUCCGCGUCGCCAAUGCAGCCGUCUUCCAAGAGAAUUACGCCGUGACACCAGAGUACGUGGAAAUUCUGCGCCAGUCUUUCGAGGCCGAAGUGAGAGCCGCAAGUUUGAACGACGAGCAAUCCGUGAGAGUAAUCAACGACUGGGUCAAGAACAAGACAGAGCAGAAGAUUGAGGAGCUGCUCAGCGAGCCUCUUCCUCCCGACACGAGGCUGGUUCUCCUGAAUGCAAUCUACUUCAAGGGUCUGUGGAACGUUCCUUUCGAUGCAAGAGGAACGUUGAAGAAACCAUUCUUCAACGCGGGAACCGAAAGAGUGGAGGUCGACACGAUGUACGAACAGGUCACAGCGGGGUACGCCGAAGACGACGAGACGAACGCCGAUGUUCUCGAUUUGCCUUACGCCGGGCUCGACUACAGCCUGACGAUCAUUCUCCCGAAAGAAAGGACCGGUGUGGACUCAUUGAGGCAAAAUCUGUCGUGGCCUGUCUUCCAACGCCUCCUGUCCAAGCUCAACAUGAAUGCUCCCAUGGAGGUGUCACUACCUAAGUUCAAGAUUGAGGGCUCGUACAAACUGAAGGCACCACUAUCGGCACUCGGAGCCUCGAAGGCCUUCGACGAGCGCCAUGCUGACUUUUCCGGCAUCAGCGGCGCCCGUGACCUGGUCAUAUCCGACGUCGUACACAAGGCCGUAGUCGAGGUUAACGAAGAAGGAAGCGAAGCUGCCGGCGCCACCGCGGGCAUCUUCUACACCAAGAGCGCACCUGUGGGAAUUCCUUUCGUGGUCGACCACCCGUUCCUCUUCUUCAUCCGCAACAGGCACACGGGAGACGUCCUGUUCGCGGGUCAAGUGAACCACCUCUAGAGCGACGGCGCAACGUCCCUUUAGAGACAGUUUAUAACUCCCGUUUAAUUCGGUGCAAAGCAGGUACACAAAGAGCUGGUCGGAGCACUGACGAGGAGACAACUUUUCAGAAACACUAGCUAUAAGAGACGGAAGCUUUUUAAUAAGCUGCACUUUCUUUUUGUGCCGGCAACACGUCUUACUCAGCAAAACCUGCUUGAAAUAUGCGUGAAUUAUAAUGACCGACGGCAAACCGACGACGGGGACACUACAUGAGCGGUUUAGAUUUACGGGUUCUCUUGUGUAACGUCCGCAAGUUGUCAGCUUCUGAGGAGCGUUUUCAACGCACAAAGCGCCAAUAAUUACGCUUCAAAAACACGCAUAGGAAACAAACCAUCACACUCGCACGCGGCGCGCAUGGUUCACUCGAAUUAUUCUGUUGUUGCUUUCGUUGUAAGCAUAUCUAAGUUUUCUUUUUUCUUUUGUCCAUGCAUAUUUCUAAACGUAGAAGCCACACGGGCAGCCUUAAGUACCGCAAUUAAAGGUGUCUUCUCUUCGUCAUUGAUUCUGUACGAAGUUCAGACAUCGCUAUCGUCAGUUCAACUCCCAAGUCAAAACCAGGGGGCCGCUUAGAAUACACCUAGGAAAGUGCAAAAUGUACCGCCGAAGCACAGGCGGAAUAGUACUGUGACAACAAAUAAAAACCUUGAAACUC